GGUCCCCGGUCCGGGAGGGGGGCAGUAGGGGCCCUGUGAGGGCGGCCGGGAGCAGCGCGGCCCGCCGGGCGCCACACGCGCUGCUGCGGUGCCCCGGUGGGGAGCGGGGCCCGGCGCGAGGCUCGGCGCAGACACGGGGAGUGUUGGCACAGCGCCGGGGGCAGCGGGCUCCAGGGCGUCAUGCUGCGCUCGAGGUCACCGCGUGCAGGGCGCUGUGCUGAGGGGCACAACGCCACCCGCGGCGGCUGGGAAGGCAGGCACAGGAAGGGUCCCCGGCUCCUGGCCUGUCCCCAGCAGCCGCAGGAUGUGGUGUCGCUGCGGGCAGCGAGGUGCCCUGUGAGCGCCGGCUGUGGGCAGAGGGCCUGCUCAGAGAGAAGGGUUUACAGAGACAUGGAGCUUGAAAGAAUCAUUCGAAACACACUGACAUGUUUCAUCCAGUCCCACAUCCCUGCUGCAGACCUCAGUGGGAUGGAUGAUGUUUUCUUUUCUUACAUCACGGGUGUCCUGGAAGAGCUGGGCUCACCAGAGUCCUCUGAGGAGACCUUUGACAUGGACACCUUCAUAGAAGUGAUGGAGGCUUACAUUCCGGGCUUUGCAGAGAUCCCCAGUGGGGAUGUUUGUGAAAUGAUGUUCUCUCUCUCAGAAAGGCUUGGUGAAGCACGCAACAAAGAAAAACCUGGCCGAAAGGCUGCAGAACCCAGGAGUGAAGCACCCUCUGAAGACCUGACCAAGGGCCAGGAGCCUGGAGCUGGAGCCUGCAAUGGGGAGAGGCUGUGCACUCCAACAGACAGAGCCGAGGCCCAGGAAGGCGACAACUUGAAGGAUGGCACAGAGCUGCUACUGGAGAUGUUCCCUGCCUGUACUGUGAGACAGGCAGAGAAGGCACUAGCCAUGGCCCUGGGGAACUUGGAGGAGGCAGUGCAGUUAAUUGUGGAAGAGAAGGUGGAAAUUGGCCCAGCAGGUGCAAGUGUGAAGCUCUCCAAGUACAGGCUGUGCCUAUACCCAACCAGCACCAUGGAGCUGCGCGAGGCACCCCGCUUCCCCCACGGGCUGGGAGAACUGGUACGGCCCCGCAGAGUACCUAACCAUGAGGAACUGAAGCAGGUUAUCUUACAGAAAUACAUGAUGGUGGAUAGUGCAGAAGAUCAGAAAACACAUCGGCCAGCUCCACCAAAAGAGGCUCCCAAGAAGCUGAUCCGCUAUAUUGAUAACCAGGUGGUGAGUACAAAGGGAGAGAGGUACAAAGACAUCAAGAAGCCAGAGAGUGAGGAGAUGAAGAAAACUUACAUCAGCCUCAAACCAGCCAGGAAGUACAAGUUCCACUGACAGCCAGGUCCUCCUGCUCUUCAGCCUCCACCUCGCUGGCCAGGCGUGGGAGGAAGGACACGUGGCACUAGGGAUGAGAGGGGACUCCUUCACCCCACCCAGCACUAACUGGAACUAACCUGGGAGCCAGGACACUGCUUUCAGCUUCCUGAACUAACCCAGCUGACAAGGACAAGCCUCUCUGGGGGUAGCUGUCCUUCUGCCCCCAGGGACACACCACAGCAGCUAGCAGGGGCCUGGGCAUUCUCUGCUAUUCCUUGCAUGGGACGUUCUUAGAUCUAAGAUAUGGCUUGUGGUUUUGCAGCAAGCUUUUUAGAAGUCUGUGUGCACUUUUGCUUUGAGUGCAAGUGCCAAUAAAGACGAUGCAAACUGG